CGCCACAGUACAUAUCACCGUUUCGGACGUGAACGAGUACGCGCCCACAUUCUCGGAACCCAGCUACGUGAGACAAGUGGACGAAGGGAGGAUUUACAGUGAAAUCGUCCGAGUGGAAGCCACCGAUCGAGAUUGCACUCCGAAGUUUGGAGACGUCUGCAAAUAUGAAAUCCUCACAUCCGAUCAACCGUUCGUUAUUGACAUGGACGGGGUUAUUAGAAAUACCGAACCCUUGGACUACGAGCGCUCCCACAACCACAUUCUGUCAGUCAUCGCCUACGAUUGCGGAAUGCGUCAAAGUUUCCCCGCUUUGGUUACCAUCAAAGUCAACAGGGUGUGCAGACUCGGAUGGAGAGGAUUACCAGAAAGGGUGGACUACGCGCCAAUGACUGGAAAACAGGAAUUGUUCCCGUCUGCCAACUUGGAGCUGUGCGAUGUUCCAUGCAACAUUAGAGAAUUGAGGACCAGAGUGGAUCUUGCUACUAGACACAUCGGCAAAGGAUGCGACAGAGACACUUACUCCGUUCAAUCUCAAAGGAAGUUGUGCGGUGCUUCGCCAUCUGCCAUCGAUCUUCUACCAAGUCCGGGAGUUGGUGCUGAAUGGACGAAACCACUCAUUUCAGACGAGGGUCAUGAGAGCGAUCAGAUGUUCGAGUUUGACGGAGCAACUACUGCAGUUACCAUUCCUACCACAGUAUUGGGACACGACUUACCAACCACAUUCACCUUAUCUACUUGGAUGAGGCACGGCCAACAUCCGAACCAAGACAAGCAUAUGAAAGAGCAUAUUUUGUGUACGGCUGAUGAUCAUAAAAUGAACAGACAUCAUUAUGCGCUGUUCGUAAGAAACUGCAGGUUGAUUCUUCUGCUUAGGAGAGAUUUCUCUGAAGGUGAUUUAAACAUUUUCAGACCCGCCGAAUGGAGAUGGAAAAUUUCACAGGUUUGCGAUGACCAGUGGCAUCAUUACGCCAUUAACGUCCGUUUCCCAGACAUCCAGCUGUACAUCGACGGGCAAUUAUUCAGAGCGGAGAAAAAGAAUCCCGAAGUAAUCGACGAUUGGCCGCUUCAUCCGACCAAAGGAAUUAACACUACACUCACGAUCGGAGCCUGCUGGCAAGGAUCUGAUAACAAGCUCAGACACCAUUUGAAAGGAUAUUUAGCUGGAUUAAGUAUUCUUCUUGGUGAAAAUGAAAAACCAGAAGUACUAAGCUGUUUGCACCAAUGCAAGGAAAGUUUACAGGUUCCCGCUAUGGAACUUCUACAGCCAGGUAUGGAAUUGUUGACCAAUUCCGACCUAACGGAAGUAACAGUCGAAGGAGACAAUCGCACAAACUUGGAAACCCUUGUACGCAAAGUUGGCUAUGCAAACACAAGGGAAUUCCCUACGCCAGGUCGCAGAAACUUGCGCCUGACAACCACCGUCACUUGUGAUAAUGGAAAACAAGUAAAGGUUCCUGACGCACAAACUUACGUAAUGGUACUAAGACCUCAAACGCCUAGUAUUAUGCUGAACGGUACUGGCAACAUGGCAAGAAAGUACGAGGACUUUAGGAUGGGGGUGAGGGUUUUGGCCGAUAUUCACAUAACCGGAGAACAAAAAUUAGAUAAAUGCCAGUUGACUAUUUACCCCAACCUGAAUCCCGACCACGAGAAUCUCAGUGUACCGGAAGAAAUGCUGAAACGUUUAGGAAUGGCAGCACGUAUAUCUAAAGAUGGAGUGACUAUCACCGGAUCCGACAUGGUCUUCAACUAUCAACAACUGUUACGCCAAAUUGUCUACACCAACCGCAAACCUGCGUACUACCUCAAUAGAGUAUUCAAACUGACUUGUUCUGAAUUGAAUGGAAGAUUCACUUCAAAUGAAUACGUUCAAACUUUGACAGUGAUCCACCCUCAACCGAAAGAAACCGUGGCCCAUGCCACCAUUAACAAGCAUUCCGUGGAAGUCCGACCCGUAUCGGUGGUCUCCCACGAUUACAUGCCAGCCGAGCACAUGAACUUGGUCGCUUCCGGCGGUUCCCACGCGGUCACCAUCAUCGUGGUCGUUUGCGUUGGUUUCUUGCUGUUUAUGAUCGUCUUGGGAGUAAUCAGAAUCAGAGCAGCCCAUCAGAGAACCUCGAACGAGGAGGCGCAAGAUGGUGAGAUGACUUGGGACGACUCGGCGCUUACUAUCACCGUCAAUCCCAUGGAGAACGCUGAAAGAAAACUGGAGGGAGGCAACGCAUUGGAAUACAGCGACAGCGAACAAUCUGACUCUGAAAGCUCUUCUGACGAUGAAAACAUGGACGGACCGUGCAGAGUUCCGGACUCUUCAGAUGAGGAGGACGAACAGCCGAGCCGUAUCAGAAAACACGACUAUCAGAAUGUUAGUCAACUAGAGUGGGAUAAUUCCACCAUGUAA